CAAUUCUUUUUCAGAUUUCAUCCUGAAAAGCAAGAUCAAACUAGAUAUAGCGAAAAUAAUCAAAAAUGGAUUCUUCGUUAAGAGGUGGUAAAGGAAUUGAUAGAUUUCAGAGGAAGGUUCUAGAAAGCUCCUUCACCAGUUCCUUUACAUUAAACACCAGUCUAGGCAUUUUUAAUACAAGCCUGAAGAGAUCCGGAGAUCCACUAACCAGGAAAACACCUUCAAAGACCCCCAGUAAUGUGAUGCGUCCCUCAAUCAGGAAGUCUCCUGGUCGGCUGGGUGGAGGAGGAUCUAAGGAUGGUACUCCGGGCAGGAAAACUCCAGGAGACAGGUUUAUCCCGAACAGAAGUAACAUGGAUCUAGAAGCAGCACACUACAAGAUUAUGAAAGAGGGUGUACAUGAAAACGAGCAAGAAAUGAUGUCCCCCUCUAAACGAGAAUAUCAAAGGGUUUUACAGGAGAACUUAAAUAUCCAGGAUACCUCCACAACAAGGAUACUAGCUUACAAUACUAAGGCACCCAUUCCUUCUGAUGGAUACGCGAAUAAUAUGAAGGUUCUGUACAGUGCUUCUAAACCUAUAGAUUCGGCCAGGAAAACCACCCGUCAUAUACCACAGGAUGCCGAAAGGAUACUGGAUGCCCCGGAUCUCUUGAAUGAUUAUUACUUGAACCUGGUGGAUUGGAGUUGUAAUAAUCAUUUAGCAGUUGCUCUCGGAGCACAUGUAUAUAUUUGGAAUGCAAUCAGUGGAAGUAUAACACCCUUGCUCUCAAUGGAAGGAGAUGACUAUGUAUGCAGUGUAAGAUGGAUUGCUGAAGGAAACUAUUUGGCUGUAGGCAGCAGUUCUGGAGAGGUGCAGCUGUGGGAUGUAGAGCGAGCUAAGAGAAGCCGUGUAAUGACUGGGCAUAGCAGCCGUGUAUCUAGCCUGGCCUGGAACCAGUACAUUCUCUCCUCCGGGAGUAGGGACGGGUCUAUACUCCAUAGUGAUGUUAGAGUGGCAGAUUUUUUGGUCGGACGAUCAGAUGCACACACUCAGGAGGUUUGUGGCCUGGAAUGGUCUCCAGAUGGUAGGUUCCUGGCUAGCGGUGGGAACGAUAACCUCCUCUGUGUUUGGAGCUCAACAGCUGGAGACUGUCACGCCGGAUCUACUCCUCACCUGACCUUGACCCAGCACCAGGCAGCUGUACGAGCACUAGCCUGGUGUCCCUGGCAGCCGGGAGUACUCGCCAGUGGAGGAGGAACUAGUGAUAGAUGUAUCAAGAUUUGGAAUUGCCAGAACGGAACCAUGAUCAACAGUUUAGAUACUAAAUCACAGGUUUGCAGUUUGGUGUGGAAUACGGAGUAUAAAGAACUAGCAAGCAGUCAUGGAUAUCCUAGCAACGAAAUCAAUAUCUGGAAAUAUCCUUCAAUGACCAAGAUCGCCGAGCUGACAGGUCACACUGAAAGGGUUCUCCACCUCUGUUUAUCCCCGGACACAUCUACUCUACUAUCUGCUGGAGCUGAUGAAACAUUAAGAUUGUGGAAAUGUUUCCCAGUAAUCAAGAAGAAAGAAACCAAGGCCAAACAGGCAGUAUCAGGUCUACGGAUGAGUAUUCGAUAGUCCAUAGUCCUGUAAAAUCUGUAUUCCAGUUUAAAUUUUUUUAAUUUUUAAUUGAAUCCUUGAUAAAUUCUUGUGUUGCAAUAAUUUCUGCCUAAAUUUAAUAUUAUUAUAAAAAUGCUUGCUUCAAUGAAAAUAUUUUUUAUCAUUUUUAAAAAACAUUUCAACUUACUAGUUCAGAUUUUUAUGUAUUAAACGGUCAUGAUCUAAUUUUAUUUUUCUUAUCAAGCAUGGGUGUCACCCCCCAUCUCCCCCCCCCCCCCCCAAAAAAAAAUGUACGUUGUUUUUUGGAAUAAAAUAAAAGUGUAUUAAGAUGGAGAAGAAGGGGGUGUAUUUCGGGAAUUGAAUAUCUCUUUUAUGUGAUUUUAAGCCUAGAUUUUUGCGAUCUGUGUUAAUAUUAAUAUUAUUUUGUUUAAAAUUGUAAGGUUGUGUUCUACUUUUGUACAUGAUACGUACUAUUUUACUGUACAUAGAAAUACGUAAACCUUAUGUAAUAUAAAUCCCAGUAUGUUCAAUAAAGAAAAUAUAUAUUUUGUUCAAUA